AUUAGACAUCGCCCAGCUCAUCGACAGACUGAAUCAAGUUUUCUUUCAAUAGUUUGCGAGUGUUGAUCUACUUAUAGAAUGUCUCACGAAGUCAAAGUUUUUGAAUUCGACCCUGAGGUAAAGACUGCUGUCACAAAAUUUCGCACACGCGAAGAAAAGACAAGUGGAGCUUUGAUAAUUAGAUUUGAUCCCUCAAAACAACUGUUGGUUGUGGAAAAAUUACAUGAUGACAUCAGUGCUGAAGAUCUGAAGAAAGAACUCCCUCAACACUUACCUGUCUAUAUAUUGUACAGCUAUUUUUAUAAACAUGACGAUGGGAGGACAUCACAUCCAUUGUUUUUCAUCUUCAUUUCACCUACAGGAUCCAAACCUGAGUUGCAAUUGAUGUAUUCUGGAAACAAGCGUCGAGUAGCCGAGGAACUCAGAGUUAAAAUGGUCUUUGAGCUUCGUUCUUAUGAAGGAUUCACUGAGGAAUGGCUGUUGUCAAAGCUGCAUGAUCUUUAGAUGAAGACAGUGUAUCAUAAACAGUUGUUUAAAAAGAUAAAUCAAACACCGUAAAAAAGUUGGUGAAGUAACUUACUGACGUUUCGGACGUUUAUCAUUCGUCGGAGGAUUAAAGGAUUAACGUCCGAAACGUCAGUAAGUUACUUCACCAACUUUUUUACGGUGUUUAAUUUAUCUUUUCACAAAACUCAAAAACUGUUUCUUUGAGAAACACCAACGCAGCUCACACUAGUUUACCGCUAGCUCCCACCAUUAGUGUAUCAUAAACUCAUUUCAAUUACAGAAUUUUUUUCUAUAUUAAAUUUAGAUAAUAGAAUAAAGACAAUUCAAUGAAUCUUAGAGAGGUAACAGUUGACCAACGUUUAUUUUUAAAUCUAAUUCUUCUAAUUCUAAAUUAAUAGGCUUAAACGUUACUAUAAACAUUCCACCAAAUUCAGACUACCUAGGAGUAAGUGCAUUAUUUCUUUUCAUUUUUACCGUUGAAUGAUUUUUUUUUUCUCACGAUAAUGGCUACUCCAUCGAACGGACAUUUUUUCUCUUCUUGGUCUUCCUGUGUUCAUAAUCUUGAGCGAGAAGAACUUGUGUCGAGAGAUUAGGUAGCGUUUUUUGCCUUAACACAGGAAUCCCACACAGUAGAGUUGCCUGAGAAGGAGCCUAGAUUUGAAUAUGGUGGGAAAGUCAUGUACAUGCCAAUGCAUUAGCCGACUUUGCUUAAUUGCGACAAAGCACAGAUGGAUCAAGUCAAUUUUUUUUUAUUCAUAUUAAUGUUACAAAGAACUAGCAUACAUGCAAUUCACAUUUUGUUAGAGGAAACAGCUGUCUAGUACCUAAGCCUGAUUUGAAAUUGUAACCAUGUCCUAGUCUUUUUGUAAAAACUACUGUCCUACUGGUGUUUCAGCUUUUGAAUUGUGAAAAACUACUUAAAAUGCACAGGCAUACAGCAACAGUAUAGACCCACCUGCAAUCAGUUUAUAUUAGUUCAAAUUGUAUUUAUAAUACAAAGAGUGAUAAUAUUACUGUUCUUUCCCAUACACACAGCACUAACUAACUAAAUAAUCAAAUGCUACAAGUAUUCAUCAGAAUACUUGCAUGUCAAAUAUAGCUCAAAUAACUAGUUGUUCCUAUAUUUUAAUAGUCUCCUUGCAGCCUUGUUUAGUUUUGGUCACGUGUAACGCAAAGUGUGUGGAGAGGCUGCAUUACACGUGACCAGAACUAGACUCGAAUGCGAGGAGACUGCAGACCUAUUUAGUGACUAUGAGACAUUAUCACUUAACUGGAACAGUUAUAACAAAGUAUUGUUUCCUUUUAUUGCUCUCAAUUCACUUUGUGUACCCUGCAUACUGUUACUAAGACAGCAUUACAGUUGAGUGAUACUGACUAGCAGUCACUAAUUUCAUGGAGAUAGUAAGCACUCUAUAACCUGGAUGUUAAUUUUAUGUUUCUAACAGUUUU